CAGCACACACUGGCUCCGAAUUCAUCGCGGCAUGAUCAACAGGGUCGCGGGUGUGGACGACUUUGGCUUCUUCUACUCCUCACCGAUAUUAUUGGAGGAGAUUGAUUUCUUGUAGCGUGGUUUCUAAGGGCCCUGCAGGCGAAUUACUAUCCCCCGUCCGGACAGAACCCGGCCUGCCGUGUAGCCAGCCUUACAAAUACAUGCAGGCGGCCCUUUUACAGGGCGAAAAGAAGCAAGAAAUGGUCCCAUCUGAUCGUUACAACGUAGCAUAUGCAUCACCUUUCGGAUCGUCCUGCCGCUCGCUCUUCUACUCUCGAUAUUCGCUGCCACCGCGGUAUUGGUUCUCGUCAAAGAUGCCUCCCGGGACGGAAUGUUCAGCUUCACUGCCUUAA